AAGUGGAAUGAGGUGUCCCCCGGUGCACCCGUGGCUCCGUCUGGUAUCUCUGCCUCUAGUGCCACUAAGUAGCACGUACGAAAGUGAAACUUUAUCAGGCGUGUCGUCAUUGUUCAUCAUCCAUAAUAUUGUUUAUGAGAACCGAUACCGAUUCUCGGAACAUUGUACUACGAUUCUGCAAGAAUUUAACCGUGUUCAGUGUAUCGUUUACUGGUGCAACUAACUAUUCUCUCCUAAACGUGCACGACAAAUGAACUCCAGUUUGCCAUAACCCAAAGACGUAUUCGGAACGAAUGGUUGGCUCGGGACGGCCAUCUCGUAUCAACCGAGAGAAACUUAUGCGGUGUUGUUAUCUUACAAUAAUAUCGAAGACAUUUGACACACGUCGUUGUCGAUGUUGAAAUUUUUAAAUGCAAAGACAAGUUCGAGACGGUUCGUUGAUUUAAUCGGCGUAUGACUCGAAACAAUUGAAAAUGUACGAGAAUCUGUUCAAGAACCCGUUGUACCGCGUGUUCGUGUACGGAACAUUGAAACGAGGGGAGCCUAAUAACAGUCUGAUACAGAACACCGCGAAUGGAUACGCGAAAUUUCUGGGACUUGGAAAAACCACGAUACCGUACCCGUUAAUUAUCGCGACCAAAUAUAAUAUACCGUUUCUGUUGAAGAAACCCGGAGUUGGUCACCAUGUUCUGGGCGAAAUAUACGACGUCGACACUAAAAUGCUAAACAAACUAGACGAGCUGGAAGAGCAUCCAGCAUUCUACCAACGUUCGGAGGCAGACGUUUUGAUGGCUCCGGAGGCAAAGAUCAAAUUGAACGAUAACUUCGAGGAGGUUGGUACUUUGAUGAAGGUUUGGAUAUAUUUUCUACCGAAGUUCAAGGCGUCCUUGUUGGAGGGCCCCAUGUACAGCUCCUACAGCAACGACGGCAGCCACGGACUGAAAUAUUGCGAGAAGUAUGUCCGCGAGGCCACGUACGAUCACAGAAGCGAAGUUCAAUUAUCCUGUUAAUUAUUCCCCCGAAAUAUUUGUUUCUAGCGAGGAGAGUACAAUAAGGCCCGAAGAUUUGUUUUGAUGAAGCGUAUUUGCAUAAUUCUCGUUGCUUCCUUGUCGCAUGUGUGCGUGAACAUUUUCAUUGUUGGUAGUCAAUAAAGGGUCAUUCGUCGCAUUACAUUACAUCACAUUACUGAACUUGAACCCUUUGCACUCCGAUACAUCUAUAGCAAAAAUGAAUACCAUUCUUUAUCACGGAAUUCUUUUAUAGAUUUUAGGAUCGCAAAGGGUUAGGUUAUGUUACUCGCGUAUCUUCAUCGCUACGAAUACAAUUAUAGUUGAUGGUGUUAGUAGCUUUCAAGUAUGAGUCUUUUUAUAUUAUACGCUAAAAAGUAACCAAAUAUAAAAGGAAUAACUCUCUGUCCUUUGUUACAACUCAUGGUUGUAACGAGAAACCGUUAAAAUGCCCGAGAGCCUGAAACAGUGUUAUCAACUAUAAGAAUAUGUGCCACGAAAGUUCUUAAUACAUUAUCGAAUAGUAAUUUAAGUGAUAUAUUUUUAAUAAAGCAAAUUAAUCGUUGAGAAGGCGUCUCGGAAUGUACAUCAGGUACAAAAUGACAAAACCCCGCGGCAACGGUUGAAAAUUACCUCGUGUAUUAUGCAAUUAUUCUCGAAUAAAUAUAAAAAAAAAAAAAAAUGAGAACCAUCGAACGUAGUACAGCGCGUACACCGUUACUUGCAAAAACGUUUAUUAUUCAAUUCUCACAAUGAAAUCUUAAAACGUCGGGCGUGUCGUCGAAGGUGUACGAAAUGAAACAAAGAAGAAUGUUACCAGAACAUCUCUGUGUGAUUUUUUUUUUUUUUUCUUCUUUUUUCUUUAUUAAGUUUAUCGUUCGCCACGCUGCAUCCUACUCUCUUUCUUUCGCGCAAUCUCGCUUCCUCUGUCAUUCUAUCGCUUUCUCUCGGUUAACAGUUGCGAUAAAAAUUAUUUUAUUUCAUCUAUUCUGUAACAAAAAGGCAGGCGAAGUCCCACGUGUCGUCCUGACGACUCCGGGGCGGUGUCGUUCGAGAGACACAUGCCGCUGCAUGACUUCGUUUCGCUCAAAUUCGAUCACUUAUUUACGAUCAGGGCUUGCCGACCCCUUUCCUCCUCUCACCCAGUUUAUCUGGAAAGCUGCGCGAAAUCUAAUCGAUUUCUGGUUCUACGAAGGUCGGUCAACCAAUUCGUUCAUUAAAAGAAAAAUAUAAAAAGAAAAGAACAUUUUCAUUAAAUCGGUUACUAUUUAAUCUCUUAGUUUUCCAACAUCAUGUUGAACCCUAUCUAUCGAUCGUGCACAACACUACACGUAUGUACACAGUUCUCGCGUUACACAAAUGAACAUAUAGCAGUAUUUUGCUUUGCAAAAUGAACGAAAUAAUUGGCCAACCGAAUAGCAUAGCUUUUCGAAGUGGUCUGUGUGAAAAUGCCCAAGAAACGUUUCUCCAAUCAUCGAGAUAAAACGACUAUUUUACUCUCUCUCUUUCUCUCUCUCUCUCUCUCUCUCUCUCUCUCUCUCUCCCUCUCGAGUAUACAAAUUCAUCGCGCGUGUUUGAAAGCUAGCCGCGAAAUCACCGACACACAUAUUGCGGGUGGCUCGCAAAAAUUAAAAUGCUUUUAAGGCAGUUCGUGUAAGUUGUCCUAGGAAAUUUAUUAUAAAUAAUCAC